GCUAUACUCUAGCUUUAACCAAGAAAGAAGGACUGUGAGCGGAGAAAAGGCUUCCGACAAGAGAUCAACUCGAUCGCUGACUGAAUCUCAAGCUCAAACCCGGAGACUUAACCAAGACUUUACGACGAGAAUUAAGGAAGAAACUUUAUUUGAAGAUGACUGGAAUGAAGAAAAUGAUUUGGGUUCCUCUGCUUUGCAUCGUGCUCUCACACCUGGCUGCGGGUCAGGAAUGCAGCGGCCAGUGCUCCUGCCCCUCCACUCCUCCUCAGUGCCAGCCAGGAGUGAGCCUGGUGCUGGACGGCUGCGGAUGCUGCAGGGUGUGUGCCAAGCAGAUGGGGGAGCUGUGCACUGAGAGAGACGCCUGCGACCCACACAAGGGUCUCUACUGUGACUUUGGAUCCCCUGUAAACCGGCGCAUCGGCGUAUGCACAGCUAGAGAAGGCGCCACCUGUGUGUUUGGGGGGACGGUCUACAAGAGUGGGGAGAGUUUCCAGAGCAGCUGCAAGUACCAGUGUACCUGCCUGGAUGGGGCCGUAGGCUGCGUUCCUCUCUGCUCCAUGGACGUGCGGCUGCCCAGCCCAGACUGCCCCAUGCCGCGACGGGUCAAGGUCCCUGGGAAGUGCUGUGAGGAGUGGGUGUGCGACAGCCCCUACACCAACAGCUUCAUGGGCCCGAUCUUGCCUGCAUACAGACAAGAGGAAACCUAUGGUCCUGAUCUGUCCCUCAUGAGAGAGAACUGCCUGGUUCAGACCACAGAGUGGAGUGCCUGCUCAAAGACUUGCGGUCUGGGAAUAUCAACAAGGGUCACCAAUGAUAACCACGAGUGCCGCCUUGAAAAGCAGACCAGACUGUGUAUGGUGCGACCUUGCGAGUCCCAGCUGGAGCAGAGCAUUAGGAAAGGAAAGAAGUGCAUACGUACUCCGAGGCUGUCCAAGCCUAUGAAGUUUGAGAUCUCCGGCUGCACCACCACCAAGUCCUACAGGCCCAAGUUCUGCGGCGUCUGCCUGGACGGCCGCUGCUGCACCCCGCACAGAACCACCACCCUGCCCAUGGAGUUCAAGUGCCCCGACGGCCAGGUCAUGAAGAAGUACAUGAUGUUCAUCAAAUCCUGCGCCUGCCAUCAUAACUGCCCGGGCGAGAACGACAUCUUCGAGUCCAUGUACUACAAGAAGAUGAUGGGAGACAUGGCGUAAGAUGUUCCGAGACCGAAUGACUUGAACAGAACUCCAUCUCAUUUUGCAGCUCAGUGUACAUGUCCAUGUCACUUUCUCAUUGUAAGACUAGUCGAGUUGUGUCGAUAUGUUUGGUACUGGCUGGUGUGCAUCGGCCACUUAGAGCUCAGACAGAGGGUUGCUUAGCAACUCCAAGAUUCCUGCACUAUUACUUUUUUUUUUUUUUUGACAAACCUACUGCCAGGAUCCAUUCAUUACGCCUUUGACAAAUCUGUCCUGUUACUGUGUCAUGUUGUAUCUGAACUUUGACCUACUCUCUCAGCGAGUAUGAAAUAACCCUCCACCCUUUCAGUCCAGACCAGGCCGACACCUUUUGAGCAGCUGUAGCAGGAGCACUAGUCCACAGCAGGCCAGUGUUCCCCUGUCCAAACAGGUCUGAAUGUGUCCUUGUAUGUGUGUGUUUGUGUAUAUGUGUGUGUACGUGUUAGCUCAGGUCUGAAUGUCUGCCUUGUCCACGCUGCUCACAGAGUAGAGGAAAGGUCAGAGUUUCCGCCCAACACGAGGAUGAGAACCAAGCAGCACACUGAGUUUGGGGUUAGAUAUGAAACAAGGUGGACUUUGCCACGGCACUGAGACAAAUCAGACUUACUCCAGUCUGAGAGAUGAAACAAGGUGUCUACAGAAACAAGGGAGUCUAUUUCCUAUGAAAUAGAGAAAAAAAAAGACUGGAAGAAUUGUCCUUUCAUUCCUUUUAAAGUUGUUGAUGUGUAAAUGUGGUGUAUAUACUUGUACAGUUUAAGUUAAUUUAAAGACGAAUGUGUUUUAUGCUUGGAAAUGUACCGACAGUUUAUUUACAGUGUUUUGUACUAUUUUAUUGAGAAGUGUGACAAAAAUGUUACAUGUUUCACUUUGUAGAAGGAAAUAAAGUUAUAUUUUUAUACAUA